AUGUGUAGCGGUGCCACCUCAGAAGAGAAUGACGGUCACAUCAUGGAACAGGAUAGCUCAGCUGCGGUUGGUGGUAACGAGUCAGCGACGUCCGCUCAGUUGCACGGCAUACCUGUGGUUUACCUCGCAACGGAUGAUCAGGCUCGCUUCGCAACCGCGGACUUACGCAUUCAAAGUGUUCCUGGAGUGCCCCAAGAACUUGCUGACACCUUGGAGCGCGAUUACGCCAUCACGCACCUCUUUCCAUUUCAGAAAGAGGUGCUUGCGUAUAUCCGAAGCACCGCGCUGACGCACUCGGGGGACGUGCUGCUUGGCGCUCCCACUGGCAGUGGCAAGACACUUAUCUACGCACUCGCAGUUCUUCUGGACUUGUAUAGCUCUGCAUCGCUGUUCUGCGUGCGGGCACUGGUGGUCUUACCUACGCGGGAACUCGCCCGCCAAGUUGAAGGCAUCUUUAGGACUUUGACGGCUUCUGCAAAACUGUCCGCUCGCGUGGCCGUUUUAUCACUUCUGAGGGAGCGUGUCCCUCGGAGCGAUCUCUUGAACAGGCAAGCAGUAUGCAUUACAACACCAGGGCGGCUUGUGGAAGCGUUGGAUCGGCAUGAGCUCCUUCUUGCCGACUUGCGAUGGCUGGUCAUCGACGAGGCUGAUCGGCUAUUUCGUCAGUCGUACCAAAACUGGUUAGAGCGGCUACUCCAACGAAUAGACUGUGCACGGCGGGUGCUAGAUCCACCGUUAAGGCGUCUCAGAAAGCUGCUUUUCUCCGCCACGCAAACGAGGGAUGCAACCCAUUUGGCUGCGCUGCGCCUUCAUCACCCGGUUUACCUCCUGUGUCACGCGUCGACCGAAGGCGCUCGCCAACCAUCGAAGUUGCGCAGGGGGCUCAUGGACCAAGUACCUGCAGGACUGACCCUGUGCUCGCUGCGGUUUCUCUCCGAGGAGGAUAAGCUGCGCUUCCUCCUUCGUCUCAUUGUGUGUGGCCCGGACAUCCUCGCCACGCUGAGGGAUCCGUCUGACCAAUCGAGUCGCCCAGAUCAUAACCGUAUGUUGAUUUUUGUGAAAUCUGUUGAAACGACCCAUCGACUUUGUCGAUUCGUACAGCUCGCCUCGAACUGGUUAUGGCUGAGGCAUUACCCGAGUCCAGUAUCUACUCGGGACCGGGGUCCGCGGCUGCUCGCAGAAGAGAUAAGCAAACAGGUCUCCGAAUCAGCACGUGCGGCGACGUUGGAGCGCUUCCAACGCGGCACGACGCAGUGGUUGAUCUGUUCCGAUGUCAUGGCUCGGGGCAUGGACAUUGCGGAGGCAUCGCAUGUCGUGAAUUUCGAUGUACCAGCACAUCCAACAACUUAUCUUCAUCGAGUUGGACGCGUCGCACGGGCAGGUCGACCCGGAACUGCCUUAACGUUUCUUUUGCGAAACCAAGUGGGGUAUUUUCAGUCUGAAAUCAUUGCACGGGUGCGCAACGAUACCCAGAAGGACCUCGGAAUCAUUCGUGCAGAGCAUAUUGUCCCUGAUUUGAGACGCGAACCUUUUGGUUUCGGUGUCGAGCAUAUCCUUCGUGGUACCGCAUUGAUACUUGAGCUUGAGCAACAGGCCCUGGUGGCACCACAUCAACCAUUGAGUCUUGUGAUUAGUGCGUAUGUUCGCGAGCAGGUUGUUGAUGAGCCUGUGAAUGAGGUGACGGAGAUGCGCGCGGGAAAAUCCGUGAAGCGAAUGAAGCGCGCGCUGAGCAUCAUCGCACUUCAGAAUUGGUGCGACAAGUCCGAAACCUUCGCAUAG